AUGACAGGUCUAAUUGAUAAUUAUGGAGUCUUAGAAUUAAAUGAAACCAAAUAUUUCACAGUUGAAUCCAAUUGGAACUUAGAAGUUUAGUUUUUUUCAUUUCAAGGCCCAAUCAAAUUUGCCAGAGUUGAUUAGGAUGGAAAUUUUAUAGAACUAAAACCUUUGCCUGGAACAUAUUUGUUUACUGACUUGGUGAUUAGUAAUCCUAGAAUAUAGAUAAAGUAUGCUUGUUAUGGAUCAGAAGGUGGAGCCACAUUUCCUCAAUAUAGAUUUUCAGAAAGACACUUUUAUGGUGUAUCAUCAUUUCUGAUUACAGCUGAGAAGGAUCAGCACUUGACUUCAAUUAUGACUUAUAAGAAUUCAUCAGUCUAAUAUAGACUUGAAAAUGAGUACUUAAUUCUUGAAAUCCCUAUGAUUGUCAGGAGAAAUGGAACAUUUAUCUUAGGGGAAAGCUUCCUUGUUAAUAUUGGUCAUGAAAAAGAUAAGGAGCUACUUAAAUUGGGCUAUUAUGCGAUAGAAAUAGAGGACAAGCUUCAGAAUUUUAAGCAAUCUCGGUAUAAUACGAUGACUUUCCUAAACUAUUACACUACUGUGUAUAUUAAAAUUAAUCCUAACGAUAAUUAUAACUAUUUUGCAGUGAUUUGUGAGAGUUCUAAUCUUCCUCUUGGGGGAUCUACUUUUGUCAUGAAUUAUCCUGCUUCUGAUUACAAAAGAUUUGUUCCAAUUUUGAUUACCUUCAUCUUAGUAUUGUUGAUUACAGCAUAUCGAUGGCGCCUGACUAAAUCAAAACAAAAUUGGAAGUAGGAGGAAGGGAAGGAAAAGUUAUCAUAAUCAUAUUAGUAAUUUAAUUGA